ACUGGCGCGGAAAAAUGGCAUUUGUCCGGAUUUAUGGAACAGUCCAAACGAGUGUUCCGAAUCCGCGGACCUGCUCUUAAUUCAUGUACCACUUUAUGGAGCACGUAUCGAGAACCAACAUAAAAUGUAAUUUUAAACAGUUUUAUAUAAUUUUCAUCACGCCAAAACGUUUAAAAUAAGUGUAUUUCAAGUGUUUUGCAACUUAAGUAUUGUGUAAGUAAGUAUAAAUUAAGUAUCAAGAAUGACAGCAACACGAAAGGUGAAAAAGGAAAUCAAGAAGAACAAAAAGAGCAAGAAAAAAUUAGAAAGUACUGUGAAAAAGGGUUCUAAGCGCAAGAAUGUUGUUGUGAAAAAAUAGGCAAAAGUGGUCAAGAAGAAAGAAAAAGUGAAAAGAAAGCUGUAUUCUACUGUUGAUCUACAGAGAGCUGUAAAUGCAGUUGGCACGUCUGUAUGGCACGUCUGUGCGAAAAGCUGCACUUAAAUAUAGCGUACCACCAACAUCUAUCCACAGAGCUGUGAAGAACCCGGAGCAAUCAAAUUUAAAGGCUGGCCCUGCUCCCAUUUUGUCAACAGAAGUAGAGAAUGAGAUUGUAAACUGGAUUUUGUAUCGAGCUGAGAAAGGAUAUCCAAUCACCAAAACUGAAUUGCUGGACAGCGUGCAAAGUUAUAUACGCAAUCUUGGAGAUGAAAUCCCUAAGACUCCGUUCACUAAUGACAGACCUGGCCGCCACUGGUUUGAAAAGUUUCGACUUCGACAUCCUGAAAUAACCAUCAGGACUCCACAGCAUCUUACUAUGACACGUGCUUGUGUGACUGAAGAAGAUUUGAGAGGAUGGUUUUCGGACAUUGGAGUGUACUUGAAGAAUAAAGGCGUGGAUAAAUUGCAUCCCUCAAGAGUAUUCAACUGCGAUGAGACUAAUGUGCAACUUAUUCCCAAAUCAGAGAAGGUGUUAGCCAAGAAAGGUGCCAGCUCAGCCUACAAGAUUGUGGAUGGGGGCGAAAAAGAAAGCCUAACAGCACUUUUUAUGUACAGCGCUGAUGGAACAAAAGCUCCGCCCAUGAUUAUGUACAAGUACGCAGAUAGUAUGCCAGCCAAUAUUCUAAAAAAUUGUCCAGCUGGUUGGGGUAUCGGCAAUUCUGAUAAUGGUUGGAUGACUACAGAGACGUUCUUUGAAUACAUAGCCAAUGUUUUUUAUCCUUGGCUACAAAAAAGUGAGGUGGAAUUUCCAAUUAUUAUUUAUUUGGAUGGCCAUUCCUCUCAUGUCACUAUACCAUUAGUCAAAUUUUGUCGAGAGAAAGAAAUAGAUGUAAUUGCUCUCUUCCCCAAUGCGACACACAUUAUGCAACCUCUGGACAUUGCUUUCUUUCACCCAUUCAAAGAAAUGUGGCGAGCAGCUAUUGCAAAAUAUGAAGCUGAAAAAGACAUUUCAAGAUUAAAGAAGGAGCAUUUUCCAGCUGUACUUGAACAAGCGUUGCAUUCAUUUGUCAACGAAAAGCCAACCAUUAUAAAUGGCUUUAAAGCUGCUGGUUUGGUGUCCUUCGACCCUGAAGCAGUCGAAUACAAUGUUCUUCAUAAGAAAAAAAGUAAAAAGAAGAAAGCUGAAUCAGAGAAAUCAGUCGAGCAUGUUAAUACAGAUUCUGAAGUUGAAGAUAUGAAAAAGCAUCUACUGACCCUCGAGAAGAAUCUACCGGAUGUUGUGCUCCAGAACUUCAAAGAAACAGAGACCAUCGGUGUAGAGAAUCAAGAUACAGCGAAUAACAGUUUGUUUCAGUAUUGGCUCGAAGUAAAGAAAGCUGUUGGUGGUAAACGCAUGAUCAAUCAUUCAUUGUAUUACUUAAUUGAUCAUUCGGCUGCUAACUAAUUUUAAUAUUUACAAAAUUAAUUUCUACUUUUUUACAAUUUUAAUUGACUAUUUACAAAAAUAAUUUUUAUUAUUUACAACAUAACUUAUAUAUAAAUAAUCAUAUAUUAUUUUAUAUGCAUAGAUACCGGAAAGAAAUCGCGUCUUUAAUUAAAAGUGUCGAGAUUUUAAACAACCACAAGUGAAUUGUAGUACCGCAAACUGUACCUGCUAGUACGUCUUUUGAAUUAAUGAAUGAAAGCAAUUUGAACGUAAAAAAUGAUCUAAUUCUCAUAGAAUUAGAUGGCAUCGAAGAUAAUGAAUUAAAUGCUCUUUUAAAUAAUGAAAGCUUAGAAAGUAUUAUUAUAGAAACAAAUAGCACAAUUGAGCAUAUUGUCGAGCAUUACCUGAAAAUUUGGAUACUGUAAUCUCUCAAAAAGAAACCAUUCAUGAAAGUGCUGAUAUGACAAAUGAGCCGAAUGAUUUUCAAGCGAUCAGCACAGUAUUAAUUGAUCAAAUAGAAGAGCCUACUAGUCCUACAAUUACAAACAAGGACAAUUGUCAAACACCUGUUACAACCAACUUCGAUCUCAGUCUUGAAGUGACUGACGAAGUAAUAGAUAACUCUGAAGAGGUCGUUGAUGUCCAAUUUACAAAAUCUGUCAGUCCCCAAAAUCAAGAUAUUUCACCUGUUUUGCAAGAGAAUGUUCAAAACAUUUGUAAAGAAAUAAAUCACAAAUCAAGUAACCUACUUCAAGAAAAUCAAGAGAAUAUUGGUCUUGCUUCUGUAGAUUCAGGUAUACCAUAUUGUGCUGUAUACCUCAAUUGAUUUGAUUCACGUAUAAAUCAAAAUUUCAUGAAUUUUAUAAUAUAAAUUAUUGCAUAUUAUUAGAUAGCACCGCCAUUAAAAAGAAGAGUUUUGCCAAUUCUUUUUUGCUACCCGUAGACCACUUAUCUAAAAAGAAACGAGCUAAAUUAAAUGCUACUGGAAAACCUAAACUACCUGCUGUGGGAACAUCAGAAGAAUGGUGGGAGGUACAUUUGGAAAAGGAAGAAGCUAAAAAAACGAAGGAAGAACAAAAAGCCAAGAAAAAGUUAUUACAGGAAGAGAAAAAAAAGUUAGCAGAGGAGAAAAAGAGAUUGGCAGAGGAGAAAAAA